CGCUUUACCGGCAUUUCAGCGUUUAACCGCCGGCAGGCGAGAGUGUUCUUGUGUUAUUUAUUUAUUUAUUGCCGAAGACUUUUAUUAUUUUCAAGAUGCUGUGCCUGUGCCUUUAUGUGCCCGUCCAUAAUUCAGAUCAAAUCGAGGUCGAGUAUUUUGAAUCGAACGGAUUACCGUGCGAGCUGAAGUCGCUCAAGUCGCUCAGCGUCCUUCUGCCGUCGCAGGAAUUCUCCACAUACCGAAAAUGGAGGAAGAAAACCAUGAAAACUGAAGAGAGAGAGCAUGAUGGACAGCUGGACUUUGAAGAGUUUGUUCACUACCUCCAAGACCACGAGAAAGACCUGAAGCUCGUCUUUAAAAGCCUGGACAGAAAGAUUGCUGGUCAAGUGAACGCCAAUGACAUUGUGAACUCACUGCGAGAUCUUGGCGUCCAUAUUUCCCUCCAGCAAGCGGAGAGAGUCCUUCAAAGCAUGGACAAAAACGGCACGAUGACUGUUGACUGGAAUGAAUGGAAGAAGUCUCCCACAUUACAGCCUGCCGAAAACGUUCCCGAAAUCAUCCUGUACUGGAAACACUCGACUAUCUUCGAUGUGGGAGAGAACAUGAUGGUCCCAGAUGAGUUUACCUCAGAGGAGCACAUGACGGGGAUGUUGUGGAGACAUCUGGUCGCCGGUGGAGGAGCUGGAGCCAUUUCCCGAACCUGCACUGCUCCGCUCGACCGACUCAAAGUCCUCAUGCAGGUGCAUGGAUCUCAUGGAAACAACAUGUGUAUUAUGAGCGGUCUCACCCAGAUGAUCAAGGAAGGAGGGAUGCGUUCGUUAUGGAGGGGCAACGGCAUCAACGUCAUCAAAAUCGCACCCGAGUCGGCCCUCAAAUUCAUGGCUUAUGAGCAGAUUAAACGGCUGAUGGGAAGCAGUCAGGAAACUCUGGGGAUCACUGAGCGUUUUGUAGCAGGUUCCCUGGCAGGAGUCAUUGCCCAGAGCACCAUCUACCCCAUGGAGGUUCUCAAAACCCGUCUGGCGCUGAGAAAGACGAGCCAGUACAAGGGCAUCUCAGACUGCGCCAAACAGAUCCUGAAGGGCGAGGGGAUGACUGCGUUCUACAAAGGCUACGUCCCCAACAUGCUGGGCAUCAUCCCGUACGCUGGCAUCGACCUGGCCGUCUAUGAGACAUUAAAGAACACUUGGCUUCAGCGCUACGGCAGGGAUAACGCAUAUCCAGGCGUGUUUGUGCUGCUAGCCUGUGGUACGGUUUCCAGUACGUGCGGCCAGCUCGCAAGCUACCCGCUAGCUCUCGUACGAACACGCAUGCAGGCGCAAGCUGCAGUUGAAGGCGCAUCCCAGGUCUCAAUGACGGGACUCUUCAAGCAGAUCAUGAAGACCGAGGGCCCCACGGGUCUCUAUCGGGGUCUGACCCCAAACUUCCUGAAGGUCAUCCCGGCCGUCAGCAUCAGCUACGUCGUGUACGAGCACAUCAAGACGACAUUAGGCGUGCAGUCAAGAUGAGGCCUUGAUGAACGGACAUCUCAAGGUUUUUUAACCUUGAGGUGUGGAGGCCAUCUCAUUCUGUGAAUGUGAGCGAGGACGAUGACGGUCAACGAACAUCUCAUUAUUUAUUUAGUAUUCUAAAAUGGUAAAAAAAGAAGUUUGAGAGCUGAAAUCAGGGACCAACGUUUUUCGAUUUCAUGUGACCAUUGUGUGCAUGUAUUUCGUCAUAUACAUGUAAAGUGCCACUGCGAGAAGGAAUCAAGUGCUUGUUAUGAUCCAGUCGGGCAGUGCAAUUCAAUCAACACUACAAACCACUGUGAAAUGCAUUAUUUCAUGCUGAUUGAAGUUGCACUGCUUGUUUUCUUACUAAUGCUGCUUUAUAUUGACUAAAGUAAUAUAUUUAUACAUCUGUAUAACCAGAUACUUAUUUAUGUUGUGGCAUCCGAGAGUUUAAUGAAUGUGUUGCACAGUUGUUUUUCAGUAGUUCAGCUGCUGUCUAAUUUAAUCUUACUUGUGGUUAUUUUAAAUCGGCACACUGAUGUUCUUAGCUUUGCCUUAAUAUAAUGUCUGGUUGAUUUGAAAAGGAAUGCACUUUAAUUGCUUUAGUCAGUUGUGAAUGUAAUGCAAUGCAAUGACUGUAAAUGUUGUCCGAGGGUGUGAGUGUUUUGUAAUGGGGACCAUAUGUUCGAGUAAUAAAUUCACAUGAUAUGCUUA